AUGUGGAAGAGAAACAGGAAAAAUGUGCACCAAUGGGUUUUUCGCCUGAUCAUUUCACACUCUCUAGUCCCAAACCCUCUUUUCGAUCCCAUCGUUCCCCCAUGUUUCGUCUAUCCGCAUUCAUUGCAUUCGGUCACUUAUGUUCUGUUCCCAACCGCACUCAGUCGUGGAGAUCGUCUUAUUGAUGGUAUUCGUCUUGCCGCCCUGGCUUCGGUUACCCAUGACGGACUGGCGGAUGAAACGUACAACCUCCUUCAUCGGGCGAUUUUACAUGCGGCGGGUCAAGCCGUAUAUCCGAUGCUUUUAGCACUUCGUGACCUCAAACUGUUCGCCCCACGUAGUCAAUAUCUUUCACCGAGUAGUGUGCAGACAGAUCCUAAGAAUCUUCCCUUGUCGGAGAACGGAAUGACAUCACCCCCGACAACAGCCGUGGGUCAGAACUCUGCCACUAGUGCAACCCAUUCCUCGUCAAAGUAUGCUCUAUCUGCUGCAGUGGCUCGGUUGGGACUGGUGUCGAAACGCAAGUCACUGUACAAGUAA